AUGAACAGAUCUCAGGGGCCAGUGUCAUUUGAGGAUGUGACCAUGGGCUUCACUCAGGAGGAGUGGCAGCACCUGGACCCUGCUCAGAGGACCCUGUACAGGGACGUGAUGCUGGAGAACUACAGCCGCCUCAUCUCAGUGGGGUACUGUGUUACCAAACCAGAGGUGACUUUCAAAUUGCAGCAAGGAGAAGAGCCAUGGAUGUUAGAGGAAGAGUCCCAAAGUCAUAGCCACCCAGACUUCUGCAUAGUUGACCUGAUGGAGAAGAGCCAGGAAAAGGAAGACCAGCAUUGGUGGAAAGUUGGUUUUGUCAACAACAAAACACCAACUAAAGAGAGAAAUAGUGUAUUAGGAAAAACAUUUUCUCUGGAUACAAACUUUAUUUUAUCAAGAAAAAUACCUGGUAAAUAUGACUCAUAUGGAAUGAAUUUGGAUUCUCUUUCAGAAUUAAUCAUUAGUAAUAGACACUCCUUUGUAAGGCAGCUUGAUGAGUUUAAUACACAUGGGAAAUUACUCCUCUGUACAAAGCACAAGAAUUCUCAUUCUAGAGAGAAAUCUUUAGCAUAUGAUAGAACUGGAAAAGCCAUCAGUCAAAAUGAGGACUUAUUUCAGCAUCAAGAUACUCAAACUCUGAAGCUUUCUUUUGAAUAUACUGAAUGUGGGAAAGCCUUCAAUGAGGGGGCAACUUUCAUUACUUAUAAGAGAGCAAGCUCAUGGGAGAAGCCCUAUGGAUGGAAAAAAGUCUAUAAAAUUAAUCAGUGUGCUACUGCAUUUUGCAAGAAGCCAAAGCUUCCUACAUAUCAGAAAACAGAUAUAAGAGAAAAACUCUAUGAGUAUAGUGAAUGUGGGAAAACCUUCAGCCAUAAAUCAUCUCUCAUCCUACAUCAGAGGAUACACAGAGGGGAGAAACCCUAUGAAUGCACCAAAUGUGGGAAAACCUUUGGGUAUAGGUCAGGCCUCACAGUACAUCAGAGAACACACACAGGGGAGAAACCCUAUGAAUGUAAUGAAUGUGGAAAAAAUUUCUGUGAGAAGUCAAAUCUCCAUGUACAUCAGCAAACACACACAGGGCAGAAACCCUAUGAGUGUAAUGAAUGUCAGAAAACCUUCAGUGAUAGGUCAGCUCUCACAGUACAUAAGAGAAUACAUACUGGGGAGAAACCCUAUGAAUGUAAGGAAUGUGGGAAAACUUUCUCCCAGAAGCCAAACUUCAUUAAUCAUCAGAGGACUCACACAGGAAAGAAACCCUAUGGAUGUCACAAAUGUGGAAAAUCCUUCUCUGUGAAGUCAAAACUGAGGGAGCAUCAGAAAACACACACAGGGGAGAAGCCUUAUAAAUGUAAUGAGUGUGGGAAAACUUUCUACCAUAAGUCAUCCCUCACAGUACAUCAGAGCACCCACACAGGGGAGAAACCCUAUGAAUGUAACCAAUGUGGGAAAACCUUCUAUCAGAGUCAUUCCUCAUAACACAUCAGAGAACACACUAGGGAGAAACACUACAGGUGUAAUGGAACCUUCCACCAGCAUCUCGACUUCACUAAACAGCAGAGAAACAGCACUAAGAAGAAACCCCUGUCAACAUCCUGA